AUGGAGAGGUUAGGGAUAGGGGAGGGGAACAUCGAGAGGUUGGGCAUCGCGGACCGAGUUGUGUCCGGCCAUUCAUCACCCUUGGGGGUUACGGCAGAGCUGGUGGGGGAAGGGGGAGGCGGUGGGGACGAUGACAAGCCCCUGAAGUGCUCGGUCUGUGCCAAAGGCUUCCGUUACCGCUACGGGCUGGAGCGGCACGAGUCCACCCACCGCACAGAGAGACCCCACAAGUGCCCGCUCUGCGGCAAGGCCUUCAAGCAUGCCUCGGGCCUGGUCAACCACCAGCGCAUCCACGCCCAGGAGCGCCCGCACGCCUGCCCGACCUGCGGCAAGGCCUUCAAGUACCGGUACUGCUUGGCGCGCCACGAGUGUGUGCACAGCCAGGAGCGCCCGCACACUUGCCCAACCUGCGGCAAGGCCUUCAAGCACCCAUCGGGCUUGCUCAAGCACCAGCGGGUGCACACCCGCGGGCGGCCCUUCGUGUGCCCGGUCUGUGGUGCUGCCUUCACCCACCCCUCCAUUCUCCAGCGGCACCAGGCGGUGCACGCCGAGGACCGGCCCAUCCGCUGCGAGGAGUGCGGGCGUGGCUUCUACUACCCAUCGGCGCUGAGGAAGCACCAGCAGAGCCACGGCAAGGCUGGCGUCGGCGGGGCCCCACCGUACCUGCGGACGUACCGGGCGCCGGGGGCUGGCGCGGUGCCGCCGGACCUGAAGCCGUGCAAGUGCGCCGAGUGCGGCAAGGCGUUCAAAAAGUCCUCCGAUCUGGUGAUGCACCAGCGGGUGCACACGGGCGAGCGGCCCUACGUCUGCGCCCUGUGCAGCAAGGGCUUCAAGCAGCCGUCGGGCCUCAUCCGGCACCGGAUUGUGCACACAGGUGAGCGUCCCUUCAAGUGCCCGGUGUGCGAGAAGAGCUUCACCAUCCUGUGCACGCUCAGGAAGCAUCAGAGGCUUCACACCGGUGAGAAGCCCUUCCAGUGCCCAGACUGCGGCCAGCGCUUCACCCAGUCUCACCACUUGGUCUCACACCGGCGCAUCCACACCGGUGAGAAGCCCUUCGCCUGCCCGGUCUGCGGCAAAGCCUUCAAGCAGCCAUACCAACUGGUGGAGCACCGGCGCGUCCACACGGGGGAGAGGCCUUUCGUCUGUCCUGUGUGCGGCCGCGGCUUCAUCCAAUCGUCCCACCUCAAGACUCACCAGCACCUCCACACCGGGGAGCGGCCCUUCAAGUGCGGUGACUGUGGCAAGGGCUUCAUCCUGUCCUCGCACCUCAUCAAGCACCAGCGCAUUCACGCCAAAGAGUCCUACUGACUGGGGAAGGAGGGGGUGGGGGGAGUGCUGUUGGUGGACGAAAGUGUUAUGGACCUUCACCGGGAACAGCACGUGCCACAACAACACCGCACCACGGGGGCCGACGCUGAGACAACCGGCAACAAGCGGGAAAAGAACAGACAUCACAGACAGGAUAGAGAUUGUUGACACCGACCAGGGUUGGGAAUCGCUGUCACUGACUGGUAUCGGGAAUCACCGACACUGACCGGGAUCGGAGAUCAUUGCCGACACCGAUCACCGACCGGGAUCGGAGAUCGAUGACACUGACCGGGAAUCGCCGACCGGGAUCGGAGACGCCGACCAGGAUCGGGAAUCGCCGACACUGAUCACCGACACUGACUGGGAUCGGGAUCGGGAAUCGCCGACACCGACCGGGAUUGGAGAUCACGACACCAACCAGGAUCGGGAAUCGCCGACGCCGACCAGGCUCGGAGAUCACCGACCGGGAUUGUGAAUCGCUGACACCAACACCGACUGGGAUUGGAGAUCACCAACUGGGAUCAGAGAUCAUCAACCGGGAUCGGAGAUCGAUGACACCGACCUGUAUUGGGAAUCGCCAACACUGACCGGGAUCGGAGAUCGUCAACACCAACUGGGAUCAGAGAUAGCUGACACCGACUGGGAUCGGGAAUCGCCGACAUCGAAUGGGAUUGGAGAUCAUUGCUGACACUGAACGGGAUUGGAGAUCACUGACACCGACCGGGAUUCGGAAUCGCCGACAUCGCCCGGAAUCGGAGAUCAAUGACACUGACUGGGAUCGGAGAUCAUCAGCUGUUCCUCAAGAUCACUGCAGUCACUGCCCCCCCCCACCCCCAACCCUCUGACCCUGUGGACCGUCCGCUACUGAGCUGUUGCCCCUGGAUGCCUGUACUUUUUUGAAUACUCUCCCUUUGGAAAGGGGAAUGUUGAACUGAGAGUGUUGCCUGCAUUGCCAAUGUGGAAGCCAUGUGUCUGUGAUCGACUGAAAACUGGACCUGAGAUGAUAAGUAGCGAACCCCAGCCUGACCCUGGGACUCUGUCACUUGCCCUCAGUAUCAUCCCUUCCCAAAGAGUGUCCCAACGCCAACAAGGCACAAGCCAGGAGGGUGAGGGAAUACUCCCCACUUGCCCUGGAUGGGUGCGUCUCCAACAACACUUGAGAAGCUCAACACCAUGCAGGGACAAAGCAGCCCCCGCUUGAUUGGCACCACUCCCACUCAUAAGGAGAAAGAUUCUUGUCCUGGAGGUGGUUCAGAGGAGAUUUAUUGCUGGUAUGAGGGCUGGGGGAGGGGGUGGGGUCUGUUUUAUGGGAAAUGUCGGAAUGUCUGGGCCUGUAUCCUUCGCGAGUUUUGAAAAGGUAGAGGUCAUUCCUAUUGAGACAUGGAAGAAGGAGAGAGAUUCACAGGGUGGAAGCUGAAAGGGUGUUCCCCCACCUUGGGGAAUUUAGAAUGAGGAAGGGGAGGGGGGACACAGUUUCUGAACGAGGGGUCUCCUGUUUCGGAGGGAGAUGAGGGAGGAAUCUCCUCUCUCUCAGAGGUGUGAGUCUGUGGGAUCCUCCCACACUCUGCCCCAGAGAGCGAUGGUGUGGGGGCUGGGUCAUUGAAUGUACCCGAGGCUGAGUGAGGGAGAGUUAUGUCGGACCAGGGAGUC